UUUGAAAAUCUUUUCUCCCAUUCCAUGGUUUGCCGCUUUACUCUGUUGGUAGUGUCCUUUGAAGCACAGAAGUUUUAAUUUUCAAGGUUCAAUUUGUCUGUUUUUUUCUUUUGCUGGCUUUUAUUUUGAUGUCAUAUCCAAGAAAUUGUUGCCAAAUCCAAGGUCACGAAGCUUUUCCCCUACGUGUUCUUCUAAGAGUUUUAUAGUUUUAGCACUUAUGUUUAGGUCUUUGAUCCAUUUUGAGUUAAUUUUUGUAUCUGGCGUUAGGUGAUAGUCCAAUUUCAUUUUGUUGUAGUGGGAUACACAGUUGUCCCAGCACCAUUGAGUGGUUUUGGCACCCUUGUCAAAGAUCAUUUGACCAUAUAUGAGUAUUUAUUUCUGGACCAAUACGUAAUUUCUUCAAUAAAUUAAUUAAUACUGGAUCCAUCACUAUAUUCAUAAAUGUCAUGGUGCUAUGAGUCAUUAAUUCCAGGAUUUGGGGCAAGACAUGGCCAGUGCUGCUGCCAGGUCAUGCACGCGAGAAUCUUGUCGGCACUUUUUCUUUCAUGUUUUUCGAAGCCAAACAUGGUAUAUAAGAUGUAUUUGAUCAAAUGCUUUUCUCAAAUUAUUUGUAUGUAAAAGUAGUUCACUUGCCACUUCUAACUAAAUGUAGAAUGGUUAAUCGGUGACUAGGUAUUAGUAUUCUUUUUGGGUUUUUUGGCAGCUGGCUGGUGCGGGGAUCCAGUCCCUUGACCUCGGUAGCAUUCUUUUCAUGUGCAAUUAAUAUUAAAGAAUUAGAUCUUUAACUUCUAGUCCUAUACCCUCCCCAUUUUUCAAAACACAUGAAUCCUAAACAUACCUCCCAAGUGCAUUUCGUUCUCCCUAUAACCCACAGCUUUGUCUGAUUCAUUGACAGGUUGUGACAUUUUUCUUUCGUCCCAGCAGUGUGGACAGUGCCACACACCCUCCCACACAACGACGGCUCUUGCGUGUAUUUUCCAGUGUUUCUUUUGUCAGAGAGCCCAGCAGAGCUGCGAUUCUUCCAGUGUCAGCCCUGAGCUGCCUGAGGAGUGCCCAGCAGAGAUGGUGAAGAUGACAAAGUCCAAAACUUUCCAGGCUUAUCUGCCAAACUGUCACCGGACGUACAGCUGUAUCCACUGCAGAGCUCACCUGGCCAAUCAUGAUGAGCUAAUCUCCAAGUCCUUUCAGGGGAGUCAAGGGCGAGCCUACCUCUUCAAUUCUGUGGUGAACGUGGGCUGUGGCCCUGCCGAGGAGAGGGUCCUCCUCACUGGGCUGCACGCGGUGGCGGACAUCUACUGUGAGAACUGCAAGACCACGCUGGGGUGGAAAUAUGAACAUGCCUUUGAGAGCAGUCAGAAAUAUAAGGAAGGAAAAUUUAUUAUUGAGCUUGCCCACAUGAUCAAAGACAAUGGUUGGGAGUAAAGUGAAAGCUUCCCACUCUCCUUUGAAUGUCCUUCUGUGAAAGAGACUGUGAGUGUGAUGGCCAUGGAGGAGCAUCCUGAUGACGCUCUGUUUCUUGAACUUCAACCUCUCAGGCUGGUCCCCUGCUUAGCUCUUGACACUCGAAGGCCUCACGGCCAUUUCCCUGGGUAAGGCGUCCCCUCUGAUCUGUGUCUUCUUCGUGAACAUGUUGUUUCUGAAAAUUUUCAAUAUUCUUUUUCUACUCAAGAUCUAGAGAAAGAAUUAGACAACUGAUGACUUCUUCACCUAGUUCAUACCUUCUUUUGACCUCUGCCUUCCACAUCGUGUGGCUGUGCUUUUUCAUGUUCGAUAGAAAACCAAGCCAAGUCUCCAAAGACCGUAGGGACUGGGUCUCUGUAGAGAGCAGGCCUUGCCUCUCCUUUUUUAGAGUAAAUGUAUUGUAGCCCCCCUUUUUUUUCUAAUUUGCAAAACUGCAAAUUGAUUAUUCCUUUUAUAGAUGAACUGUUAAGGCAUAGUGCUCACUUAAGAAUAUUCUAGGUUAUCUCACUUGGUUAGAGCGCAGGCUCAUAACCCCAAGGUCACAGGUUUGGAUCCUCGUACUGGCCAGUCACACACACACAAAAAAGAAUCUUCCAGAAGCAGUCAACAAACUUAUACACCAAGGGUAUUGGGGUUUUUUUUAGCCUGUUCAAAAACAGAUGACAUCACUGAUAAGAUUUUAGAUAAGGUAUAAAUAGAGAAAUGAGUCAAAUUGUAACAUCUUGUUUGUUUUUGGUGGCUGCCUGGUAGGGGGAUCCGAACCCGUGACCUUGGUGUUAUAAGGCUGUGCUCUAACCAACUGAGUUAACUGGCCAGCCAGAACAUCUUGUUUAAGCCAAUAGAUUAACUAGAAAGCCAGUGAACUAGUCAUUAGAGAAGACUGUCCCAGGGGCCUGCAGAGGCAGGGUUACUGAGGCAACAGCCUCGCAGGGUCUGGUACUGGGGGUAGCACCCUCAUCAGUCACAGCAGCCUGUGUGUCAGGUAGUCACAGAGUGGCUGGUCCAUGUAGUUACAGAGUAACACAGGACUGAGUAAAAGUCAGAUUUCAUUUUCUACCCUGACGUACUUGAAGAAAAAGAAUUACUUUCUAAUAUGAAAGAGGCCAGACCCAACUGAAAAGACUUCAAAACUUGAGAUUUGCAAGAUUGUUUAAGGUAUUUUCAGGAAAGGCUAAAGUUGCGAGACAGGUUUAAACUUUGUAAAUGAAGAUGUUUGGUUUGCUGGCAGUGUCGCACCUUGCUGCCUGGUAUCAUCACAUGGACUGACACAGAGGGGACCUGUGUAGUCUCCCAGGUCCUGUGUGCCUGCCCAUCCACCUGGGCCUCUGCAGGGCACUAUGCAAGCGUUUGGCCAAUUUGCAGAGAAUGGAGACCAAAAGCCAUUCCCAGAUAAGUUUUGGCUUUCAAUGUUUUGUAACCUGACUCAGGGCAGAAGGGCAGGAAAAGGGCCUAGGGAAGAUGGGAAGCAGGGAGAUAGGAGAGCAGUGUGCAGAUAUUUCUCAGUCUGGCGAUGGCUCUGAAACUGCCUUCAUACAAGGCUAGCUAGUGGCAGCAAGUGCAAGCUGGCUGAGGACAGUAAGAAAAUGUCCCAUACAGCUUUUGAUACCCCUCCCUGACUCCAACCCUCUCCGGCUCCCUGCCAACCCACACCCCCUGGCUGCCACAGGCUCUGGCUCACUGCUCCUUCUAUAGCGUACCUUCUGGUACCAUCUCCUUGCCUGAGGCUCACAGCCUUGGAACAUGGGGAAUGCCACUGCCGUGAGCCCAGGGGCCUGGUGGGCACAUCUCUGAGACACAUCAGCUCAGCUGUGGCAGAAGCUACUUUAAGCACAUCUACAACCUAGAAAUUUUCCCUAGAAAGGAAGGAAAUCUUUGCACAAUUCGGCAAGCCUGUGUGUUUGGCUGUGGCCCCGCAGGCUGCUUUCUCCCAGAGCUAGUUGCCCCUGCACACCGAGGCUGCCCAGCUCACUCCGCUGUCCCUAGGUCGGUGCAGCUGUCCAUCCGGACGCCUUCCUGAGCAUCCAGCCACUCCCCACGACAGGGGCCCGGCUGCUGUGAUGUGAAAUCUGAAGGUGCUUCAUUCAUGAGCUGGCACGUAAGGUAGCCCUGUCUGUGGCUUCAGUCCAUUGUCUGAAACCGUGAAGGGGCUAAAAGACGCCUUUCUUGAUGGGGGAUAAGUACUAGUGGCUGAAAACGUAGCUAAAACCAACCCUUCCCUUCCAGUCGUCAUUCCUCUUACAAGUGGGGACUUGGCCUUGGAGGCUCCCAGAGGACAUGGGGAGAUGGUUGGGGGCUCAUGCUGUCACCAACCUGCUGGGGCAGCCCAGCUGGAGGGCAGCCCAGCUCCUAGGCAUGUCUCCAGAAGAUGCUUCACUUAAAUGGAAGAGAGAAUCUUCUGAAAUUCUUCUGACCAACUUUUGUAUAUACUAAAAUUAUAUUUAAAGCUUUUAUAUGUUCUGGGCAAGUUUACUGCUCCUUCAAUUUGAGCACUUUGGUUUUUGUAUUGUCUUUUGUGAUGGCAUUGAUUGAAAAAUUUUUACUAGUACUUUUUUUGUAUUUUUUUGGUAACUGAUACCAGCAAAACUUCUAUCACUUUUUUCGUUGGUUUUCUGCAAAAUACAAGCUCUUUUUAAACCAAAUGAACUGACCAUGAGCUGGCUUCCAGGGAUGUGAUAUUCACAGUACCAUAACCAGAUGUGCUGGUAAAGUGCUGGACUGUUCCACCCUCUUAAAUUCCUAAAUAAAUAUCAUCCCGUGACUUCUA